AGACACAGCCAAUCAGAUUCGCGUUUGUAACCAGCUGCCACUUCCCCGUUUGUUGUUGUUUAGUGUGGGCAUUUUAGAUGUUUAAAAUAAUCAUACAACAAAGUUAUACCGAACAUUACGACUCAGAUUAAUUGUAUCAAUCAAUAUUAUUGUUGAUGUCGAUGCUUCUUAAUUAUUUCACAGGUAGCUAAGUAUUAGCUAUCGUAAAGCUAGCUGGCUAGAGCUGUGUUAGCUAGGGGCUGUUUUUAGCUUAGCUGUGUGUGCUUCCUUCGACUGACGAGUUGAACAGCCAGCGCAUACACACUAGGGUAAGGUCUGUUCAUCCAGCCAGGGUGGUUUUUGAAAAGUUAAAUGAUUAUUUGACCGAACUCAAGGGAAGAUAUUGCUCUGGGAAAAGCCUGAAGCAGCUACCGUUAGCCUGCUAGCCUGUUACAGUGCGCGUGAAUCAUGGGCUCGGUGCUCGGCCGCAGGAUCGCCGGUGUGGAGGACAUUGAUAUUCAGGCGAAUUCUGCCUACAGGUUUCCUCCAAAAUCUGGGAAUUACUUUGCUAGUCACUUCUUCAUGGGAGGAGAGAAGUUUGACACCCCUCACCCUGAAGGUUACCUGUUCGGUGAGAACAUGGAUCUCAACUUCCUAGGCAAUCGUCCAGUGCAGUUUCCGUAUGUGACCCCGGCACCACACGAGCCCGUGAAGACUUUGAGAAGCCUUGUCAACAUAAGGAAGGACUCCUUGCGACUCGUCAGAUAUAAAGAUGAUGGCGAUACACCUACUGAGGAAGGAGCGAAACCCAAGUCUUUAUACGGGGUGGAGUUCACCUUUGACUCAGAUGCCAGAGUGGCCAUCACCAUCUACUGCCAGGCGUUUGAGGAAUUCUCCAAUGGAAUGGCAGUUUAUAAUCCCAAGAGUCCUGCUAUGGUGUCUGAAACGGUGCACUACAAGCGAGGAGUGAGCCAGCAGUUCUCCUUACCCUCCUUCAAGAUCAAUUUUACUGAAUGGAAGGAGGAAGACCUGAACUUUGAUCUGGACAGAGGUGUUUUUCCCAUGGUCAUCCAGGCAGUAGUGGAUGAAGGAGAUGAUUGUUUGGGACAUGCACAUGUGCUGUUGGCUGCCUUUGAGAGACAUGUUGAUGGCAGCUUCUCAGUGAAGCCUCUAAAGCAGAAACAAAUUGUGGAUCGGGUUAGUUACCUGCUCCAGGAGAUCUAUGGCAUUGAAAAUAAGAACAACCAGGAGACAAAGCCAUCUGAUGAUGAGAACAGUGACAACAGUAACGAGUGUGUGGUGUGUCUGUCAGACCUGCGGGACACACUCAUCCUGCCCUGUAGACACCUGUGUCUUUGUAACUCAUGUGCAGAUACACUACGCUACCAGGCCAACAACUGCCCCAUCUGCAGACUACCUUUUCGUGCCCUGCUGCAGAUCAGAGCAGUGAGGAAGAAGCCUGGUGCGCUCUCUCCCGUCUCUUUCAGCCCUGUGCUGGCUCAGAGCAUGGACCAUGAUGAGCACUCGAGCUCUGACUCGGUUCCUCCUGGCUUUGAGCCCAUUUCCCUGUUGGAGGCUCUCAAUGGCCUCACUGCCAUGUCCCCUGGUGUGCCAUCAGCCCCUCUGUACGAUGAGAUCAACUUUUCGGGCAGCCUGAGUGGGGACAGCAGGCAGCUGAGCUCUCCUGAACACUCUGGAGAAAGCAGCCUUCAAAAGGGAAAAGUCAGCAAGUCACCCGACAGCACACUACGCUCACCUUCAUCACCUAUUCAGGAGGAGGAUGAGGAGAAGCUGUCGGAGAUGUCUGACGCACAGGCCCACACCCUGCUGUCCAGCAGUCCAGCUCCCACUGAGGGCACCGGUGCAGAGGACGCUCCUGACUCUCUGUCUCCAGAAGACGAGGACAGGGUGAAUUCGGAGGGAGAGAUUAUGCCUGACUGCAUCAGCGAGCGCAGCAGCCUGACCAAAGCUGAGAGCGAGCCACCUGCUCUAGGUCCUGAUUCCUGCUCUAUCGGUAUGGAAGAGUAACUCUGGUUUGUCAGGCUCCAUGGAGAGUUUGAUUACUCGGAGCACAAGCUGCUCUAGCCAGCCGCUGCUCUGUCCCAUGAGCAGUUUGCACAUAGAGGAUGAAUAACUGGACCUUUAUCUCCCUUCUUUCCCUGAGGAUUCUUCUACUGGCCCUGCCCAAACCUCCCUUAAUGGCGUCUUCUGCAGGCCUAUCACGCAGCCAUCAACAGCAAUUUCUCCUUCAAUUCAGUGUCUAGUUGCUUAAUUAGUAACUUUUUUUGUGUAUUUCAUUCUUCUUUUGUUUCACGUAUUCAGAAUUUUGUUUAGUGCAUUGUAUUUAUUUAGAAAUGCUGUUAAAUCCAGAAUAGCAUACAAGAAGUUGGGAAAUAAGAGGAAAAUAGGAUUUAUUCUGUUGCCUGGUCUUAACAUGGCAGCUUUGAGUCAUUAGUGGAAGAAAUAUUAAAAUAUUAGGAGUAUUACUACAGAUACAACACUAACCCGAUAUGGUUCAUGUUUAAAGCACAACUUAAUAUUCAACAUUUUUCCAAAACCUUUUGAUGACUAAUGAAAGCAGUGUUGAUUAUAAUAUAGAGAUACUAAAGAUAUUUGUGUAUAAUACAGAUCUGUAACUCAGUGAAUUUGAUAUGAAGUCAUGUUUUAUAGCAAGUCUUGAGCGAACUCUUUCCGUUUUACUGAGCGAUGGAGCUAGUCUCCAGAACUGGACCUUGUUUAAGAUGUGUGUAUGUAGUGUACAGACUUUUGCUUUCUUAUCAGUUUUAUGACCAAAUAUAUCGCUUUAAGUGUAUUUGCACCUCCACCUACAUAUAUUCUCUAGAGCGAACUUCUUACACUACAUUUUGUGAAGUGUAUAUAGAGUCAUUCCUUUAACAUAUCUUCUUGUAAAGGAUAAAUGCACUUAAUCCAGUACAUGUUUGAGUCAGCGUGCAUUAAGCCAGUGGUCACAAGACAUUGUAAACAUUCUAUACAGAUGUUUUAGGAUAUCUCAAUCCUUAUGUUGCAAGAGAUGACUCAGCAACUCAAUGCUCAAAUCAUUUAAUCAUUUUACUCUUAACAUGUAUUCAUUCCAUCUCCUCCAGACCAACGCCCCACGAUAUGCAACGUCAUGCAUAUGCUUUGUAAAUGCAGCAUUAUGCAUAGAGGUCUGUGUGCCUUUAAAAACAAGUCUGGCUCCUUAGUGCUUUGAGCUCUUCAGUUCCUGUGAUUAAAGAACACAUUUGGAGGCUUGAGAUGUGUGUAUUCUUUCAGCUUUCAGCACACAACCAAUGCUCUCUAGGCUGGUGUUAUCAUUUCUGUGAUGCUAAGUGAGUAUUUCUAAAAUGGUUACCAGUGUUUAAUUAAUCAUAAAACAGCCACAAUAUUAGAUAAUUAUAUUAAUUGAUACUUGUUUGAUUUAUUUGUGUGUGUAUGUGCGCACAUGUGAAGGCUACUGAGUGUGAGCUCAAGAGUUGCUAUGAAUAGAUUUAUAAUUAACACAUUGCUGAUUGCUCUGUAAACAGAUUAUUAAAGUGCAUAUGCAAUAUCGAUAAGUGGCUUUAUAUUAAGAUCAGACGAAGCUCUGCAUGAUGUGUAAAUAAAGAUGAUAUAUAUAACACUCUAUCUCUGAAAGAUGCUUACUUAUCUCCCUCUGAUAAUGUGCCAUUUCAACCUGAUGAUCCACUGUGCCUUCUUAUAUCUCCUUGUAAUCUUAUUGGCCUGGUAUCCAGGAUGUUAACAUUGGGUCAGCCGUGAUUCUGAAGCUCAACAUUAACAUUAUGUUUUGUUCAAGUUUGCAGUGUACAAGUGCAUGUGAAUUACCAAUAAAAUUAAUUCUUCAAUAAUUGUA